AUGCACAGAAAGAUGGCUGUGAAAACCUUGUCAGUGUGGCUGCUCCUCUUGGGGACGUUGGUGCCUGAGCUCUGCUGUCAGCACUGGUCAUACGGACUGAGCCCAGGAGGGAAGAGGGAACUGGACAGUCUUUCUCAAACUCUGGGCAAUGUAGUUGAGGAGUUCCCUCGUGUGGACUCAGCUUGCAGCGUUCUGGGUGGUGCAGAGGAAUCCCCUUUUGCUGGAAUUUACAGAAUUAAAGGAUUCCUUGGCAGCAUCACUGACAGGGGGAACGGACGAAGAACAUAUAAGAAAUGA